AUGUUUUGCUGGCGAUCGAAGCUACCCACCCCACGCCCCAUGUUAAAUACCAGGGCGGCAUCUUUAAGAUCACACCCUUGGACAAGGAAGAACUUGAACUCACGAAUCACUCCUCUCCGCCGGAAGGCGCUGAACGUCCCUGGUCGACGAAAUCCACCCCCUCCUCCAUCCCAUGGAGACUUGACAAAAAAUGCGCAAUCUGGACCUGAAAAUGCCAGCGCCGCGCCAGCACAAGAAUCGGUUUCCGCGACUCUGCGGAAUACCAACCCAGAAGAUAAUACACUUCUCGCACCCGUUCACAUUCCAGAAGAUCCAAAUGCAGUUCUCAAGGAAAAUCACCCGGCCGCGGGGCUCCUGGCAAACUCCGGCUUGGUUGUUCAGAGGCAGUUAGAGAUGAUGAAUGUGCUUCUUGGUUUCGAACAAGCGAAUCGGUACACCAUACUGGAUGCGCAAGGGAACCAUGUUGGUUACAUAGCUGAGCGGGACAAUGGAAUGGGCAGUAUGCUCGCUCGUCAGUGGCUUCGAACACAUCGCUCGUUUGUCACUCAUGUCUUCGAUAAACAUCAAAAUGAAGUCCUACGUUUCCACCGGCCCUUCGUCUGGGUCAACAGUCGAAUCCGAGUCUACGACCCGCUAAACCUAGCCUCUUCGUCACAUUCAUCUUCAGCAGCUGUGCAAACCAACGGUUCGUGGCCCCUUAUUAAACCUUUCGAAGGCGAUUCCACACGAAUAUCCUCCCUCGACCUCGCAGAUAUGCGCGUGAUUGGCGAAACACAUUCCCAGUGGGCUCUCCUGCGACGGAAAUACAAUCUCUUCCUCCUGCAUCCAAAUCCAACUCCGGAAACCAAUCUCCUCACAAAACGAGUUCCUUUAUCUCAUGCACAUCUUUCCAAAUCUCAACAAUUACAAGUUGCCAGCACCUAUGAACCCGGAACAUCCGGCGAGUUCGGCCAGUUUGCCUACGUCGACGAACCAUUCCUGUCAUGGGAUUUCUCUCUCCGAUCCGCAGAUUCACGGCUGAUAGGAUCCGUCAACCGCAACUUCGUCGGCUUCGCUCGGGAAUUAUUUACGGAUACUGGUAUGUAUGCGCUGCGGAUGGACGCUGCGGCUCUAGCGGAAGAACGAGAAAAGGGACACGUCAUUUCCCAGACGCAUAGAGAAUCACACCCCUUGUAUGAUAGCAGCGACAAAAGCGGGAUGACCCUGGAUCAACGGGCCGUCAUGCUUGCCACUGCCGUUACAAUUGACUUCGAUUAUUUCAGCCGCCAUAGCUCUUCUGGUGGGUUUUGGCCCGUUCCAUUUUUCGGCUCGAGUGGGGCACCAGUUGAAGGAGGUGCAGCUGGAGGUGCUAUUGAAGGUGCUGCUGCGGAAGGUGCUGCAGGCGCUAUUGGGAGAGGUGUCGCUGGGGCCGGAACAAUUGCUGGAUACGAAGCUAUGCAAAGACGUGCAUCUACUGAUAAUAAUCAGCAGCAGCCACGUGAAGAACAGCAAUCGGAAGAAUACCCCCCACCACAGCAAGGGGACUACCAGGAUGAAGAGGUAUGGGGAGAUAAUGGACAAGAUUGGUGGAAUAGAGACGGUGAAGGCUCGCCUGGUGCCAAUGGAGGAAACGGAGUUUGGGGUCAGGAAGGUGGAGGUGGUGGCGAUGGCGAUGGCGAUGGCGAUGAAUGGGAUGAUUUCUUCUGA